UGGUCGCUUGGUUGCUUUCAUCUGUGAGUAGAGCAUCCCAAUGGACCGAAACGUUGACUUUGAGAUGUAUGCCGCAAACUGACAAAUCGCAUUUAGUGCUCGGAGCCGUCAGUUUCUUCGCCGUCUUCUUCCUGGUGUUGCUCUUCAUUUUCUGGGGUGCGGCUAUCCUCUCCUACUCUUCUGUCGCCCGCAAAUGGCUGCGUGAGAACGAGAAGCUAUGGAUUCUCGUCACCGCCAUUGUGGUCAACAUCGUUUGGGGAAGGUUCCAGAACUGGGUUGUCCUGAAAGCUUUCACUGUCGAUGGCAUCCACAUGAAAUUCAAGUCCGGUUUCUACGUCUGGGAGUUCAUCGUCAUGUUCUCCAACGCCGCAUCCGCGCUCAACUCGUUCCUGUUUCGCUUCGUCAUCUCCAUCCUCUCCACCUUCUUCUACAUGGGUCGCAUGGACACUCAAACCGUGCACGGAUACCUCUCCGCAUUCUCCGGCUACGGCGCGUAUACGCAAUACGUGUACGCCUCCUACGUAUAUAAGAACCCCGUCAAGAACGCUUUCCUUGCCCUGCUGAUGAAGGUCGACGAAAAGGAGAUGACGUCCGUCAGUUCCCGUCGCGGCGACCUGGAAUCCGGUCCCGAGUACAGCCGCCACAGCGCCAAGGCGUACGAGGUUCACACCGUCGGAGCCCGCAAGAGCACCGUCGGACGUAAGAGGCUGGCGAGGAAGUUGUGGGUGGCCUACUUCAUUCAUAAGAACCCGAGCUUGAGGUUCUACCGUAAGCAGCACCUUACCACACUGCUGGACAAUGUCGGAAAGGAGUAGAAUAAUGCUUCGUCAGGCCUUCGAUGGAUGGACGGAUGAAAGGUUCUGAACCGGUGCCCUGGCGUACUUUAAAGUUUCUUACUUGGUACUUAGUUGCAAGAUAAUGAUAUAAUGUUUUCCAUAACUGUUUUACCGUAAAAUGCAAAUGGUGUCGGGUUUUUUUGAGCA